AUGGUGCUGAUGGGAAGGGGGAGGACAUGGUGGUACACGUUGGUAGUGGCGAAGGUGAAGCUGGCGGUGACACCAUUGCCUCGGGUAAUGGCGCAGCUCCUGGAUGCUCGGCCGAUGACGCGCCCGCGGCUGCGGAAGGUCCAGGUCCAGGUCCAGGUCCAGGUCCAGGUCCAGGUCCAGGUCCAGGCACAGAGCAGGGGGAAGCUCAACAGAUGGAUUUGUGUGUGGAUCACUUGCGUCCACCACGGGGAGCCGAGAAGACGUGAACGUGUUGCGAACGAGGAGGAUCGCAAGAACACCUCUUCGUCCAAGCUGGGCUGCAACUUCAAAACGGUGCUGUGGUGGUCGGCCAACAGUGAUGCACCAGUCGUUGCACAGGGAGGCAUGUGCCUCACGCACCACACGCCAAGUUCAGACGAAAAGGAGCACGCGCGCCCAAGAACUUUCGACAACGAGAUGUCUCGCGAGGACAUGGAGCAGAUGUCCGACUUCAUCAUCGACCUUGCUGAUGCAGGCGUGAAGACGGUAGAUCUCCACAAGACUGUUCAGCAGAAGAGCGGGAAGAGGCUGGGCGUUGAAGGGAAAGCGGUGGUGCGAUCCGUUGUUGAAAGGCAUCGAAAGGCCUCUCGUGAAGCCUUCAACGACGCCCAGGAGUUCCUGAUGCACGUGCAGCGAACCAAGGCUCACUUGUGGUUCAGGGCAGACGACGAGGCCCGCAUCACGAGCAUCGCUUGGGCGUCUGACGUGCAGAAGGCUACCGCGGUGCGCUUCCACUCUGUCAUCAUCACGGACACGACGUUCAACNAG